AUGGUAUCUUCAUCGGAGAUGGAACACAACACUCAAUGUCUCCAGCCUGCAGACGUGACGCCCCGCCAACCAUCUGCUGCAGAGAGUCGGGAAGACCUCAAUCCACGUCCGGACAAAUCCAACAAAUGGAACCACCCGAGAUCGAAUAUCAUUCGUGUGCUGACCACGUUCUGGGUCUUCUUUGUCAUGGGAGCUAACGAUGCGGCGUACGGCCUAGAGGAAUAUUAUAGCAUUCCGUAUAUGGUCGUUUCCUUGGUAUUCCUCUCGCCAUUAGUAGGCUACGUCCUGGCGGCAUUAGUCAACAACAAACUUCAUAUGGCCCUGGGACAGCGAGGAGUGGCUCUCAUUGCACCAGCCUGCCACCUCAUUGCGUAUAUCAUCAGUUGCAUCCAUCCGCCAUACCCCGUAUUAGUUGUGGCGUACAUCUUUGCGGGGAUUGCAAAUGGACUUCAUGAGGCUGCGUGGAAUACCUACAUCGGCAGUCUGGAAAACCCAAAUGAGCUUCUGGGCCUGCUUCAUGGGGUUUACGGCCUUGGUGCAGUGAUCAGUCCGUUAGUGGCCACAAACAUGAUCACCAAAGCGAAGAUCGGUAUAUCUGUCAUCGAGGCCGUGGCAUGCCCGGUGGUUUUCUGGCGAUUCACAGGGACCGCCUUUCAACAAUCCCAUGAACAGUCUCACGGGGAUCCGGGAGAACAGGCCAAGAGUGGGCUUCGGGAUGCCCUUUUCACCCGCCCCGCUGCGCGCGUGUCCUGGCUCUCUUCCUUUGUCCUACUGUUUUAUGUGGGAGUGGAAGUGACGAUUGGCGGCUGGAUCGUUACAAUCAUGAUGGAAGUGCGGCACGCAGCACCGUUCCCUAGCGGUAUGACAGCGACAGGAUUUUGGCUAGGAAUUACCGCAGGACGAGUGGUACUGGGAUUUGUUACAGCGCGACUUGGUGAAAAAUUAGCCACAACUAUCUACAUUACUUGUGCAAUAGCGUGUGCGUUGGUGGUAUGGUUGGUUCCUAAUUUCUAUGUCUCUGCUGUGGUGGUGUCAAUUCAGGGUUUCUUCCUUGGUCCACUAUUUCCCUGCGUGGUCGCCGUCAUAACCAAGCUUCUGCCCAAGAAUCUCCAUGUUGCGGCGAUUGGCUUCGUAGCUGCCUUUGGAGGCGCUGGCGCAGCUGUUAUUCCAUUUGUGGCUGGAGGGAUUGCACAGGGCAGCGGAGUAAAGUCCCUCUUACCGUUCGUCGUGGGUGUUUCCGCUGGGAUAUUACUGCUUUGGCUCGGGUUACCACGACUGAGAAAAGGGGGAGCCCAACAAUAG